AAACCAUACCUAUUCUCAAGUUUCUCUCUGUCUCUCAUUUUCCUUCCACCUCUGUUUCUUCAUGCUAUAGCUCUUAAAAUACUCAACAAUAACCAAACCUAAUCAAAACCCUUAUCUACACUCACUUCACACAAACCAAAGUUAGUUCGUUAACCGUUACAAACACAAAAUGGAUGGAGGCAGUGUCACAGACGAAACCACCACAACCAGCAACUCUCUUUCCGUUCCGGCGAAUCUAUCUCCGCCGCCUCUCAGCCGUGUCGGCAGCGGCGCAACCGCCGUCGUCUACCCCGACGGUUGUUGCGUCUCCGGCGAAGCCGAAUCCCGGAAACUCCCGUCCUCGAAAUACAAAGGCGUGGUGCCGCAACCGAACGGUCGUUGGGGAGCUCAGAUUUACGAGAAGCACCAGCGCGUGUGGCUCGGCACCUUCAACGAGGAAGACGAAGCCGCCAGAGCCUACGACAUCGCCGCGCAUCGCUUCCGCGGCCGCGACGCCGUCACUAACUUCAAGCCUCUCGCCGGCGCCGACGACGCCGAAGCCGAGUUCCUCAGCACGCAUUCCAAGUCCGAGAUCGUCGACAUGCUCCGCAAGCACACCUACGACAACGAGCUCCAGCAGAGCACCCGCGGCGGCAGGCGCCGCCGGGACGCCGAAACCGCGUCGAGCGGCGCGUUCGACGCGAAGGCGCGUGAGCAGCUGUUCGAGAAAACCGUUACGCCGAGCGACGUCGGGAAGCUGAACCGAUUAGUGAUACCAAAGCAGCACGCGGAGAAGCACUUUCCGUUAAGCGGAUCCGGCGGCGGAGCCUUGCCGUGCAUGGCGGCGGCUGCGGGGGCGAAGGGAAUGUUGCUGAACUUUGAGGACGUUGGAGGGAAAGUGUGGCGGUUCCGUUACUCGUAUUGGAACAGUAGCCAGAGCUACGUGCUUACCAAAGGAUGGAGCCGGUUCGUUAAGGAGAAGAAUCUUCGAGCUGGUGACGCGGUUCAGUUCUUCAAGUCGACCGGACUGGACCGGCAACUAUAUAUAGACUGCAAGGCGAGGAGUGGUAAGGUUAACAAUAAUGCUGCCGGUUUGUUUAUUCCGGUUGGACCGGUUGUUGAGCCGGUUCAGAUGGUACGGCUUUUCGGGGUCGACCUUUUGAAACUACCCGUACCCGGUUCGGAUGGUAUUGGGGUUGGCUGUGACGGGAAGAGAAAAGAGAUGGAGCUGUUUGCAUUUGAAUGUAGCAAGAAGUUAAAAGUAAUUGGAGCUUUGUAACAUUACAUAGUUUUUGAGUUUCUUUUGUUAAUUUUGUAACUGUUGAAUUCGUGAGGUAGAGAUGGUGAUGGCGUUGUUGUUGCAAGUUGCCACUCACAAAACGUGUAUAUUCUUAAUUUGACGGGAAAAAAAAAGAGAAAUUAGGGCAAGAAGAAUUGUAUAAUGCAAAGGUUUUUUUCAAAAGAAAGGAACAUGGAGUGCAACUAUUUAUUUUUGUACU